AUGAAGGCAUUGAAAGCCGCCGGAAAGCAAGACGAGUUUGCUAAGAAGUUUGUUACCAAAGAUGCCAUCUUCAUGGGUCCACUCCACGAGCCAGCCAAUGUGACUGAAGCUGCCAAGUUUGCAAAAAGCGAGAUGAUGGCUGCCGUCUCAAAGGGAGAGUUUAAUAUCACUAUUGACGAGAUCACUCCAAUCGGGGACGUCGUCAUCGAGCGUUGCACCAUCCACGCCAAGGUUGCAAGCGGGGACAAGACUGGAUGGUCCCUCUGUGUCUGGGUCAAGGAUGGAGGAGCAUGGAAGAUCCGUAACUCGUGCACCACGUUCAAGGUUGUCCCAUCGGCAUAA